CUGUUCAAUGAGUACAACUCUGCAACAUCGUCAAUUUGGCCAAAAUCACCGAAAAUCCACUGCGCUGGUUCGAAACGAGGAUGGAAGGCGAAGGUAUUUCGUAGUCAGAAAUCCGAUUCUGGACCACCGAAUUGAAUGUGAGUUUUUUUUCAUUAAUUUUUUUCAUUUUAAAAUUAGAAACAUUUUCAGGAAUUCUUGAGUAGUUCGAUUUUUGGAGUUUUCACUGUGAUUAAAUCAACUGGAAUAUUUCGUACUCACAAGUUUCCAAAGAAGAUUUUGCAGUUCUCAACAUUUCGGGCGAAGGAUGAAGUCUUUGAAGUAAUCUGCUGCCCUGGCAAUGGAAUUGCAAAAUAUCGUGAGUUUUUUGAAAGAUUUUUGAAUGAUCAAUUAAUUUUCCGAAUUUUUCAGCUAUCACUUUGGCGCAAUUAUUGGUGAUAUAGCUUCUAAAGCUGCUCCAUGAGUUACAACUCUAUAUUUUCACCAAAAAUCACCGAACUCCAUGUGUUGGUUACGAGCGAGGAUUGAAGAUGAAGAUACACCGUGUAGUCAGAAAUCCGAUUCUGAACCACCGAAUUGAAUGUGAGUUUAUUAUUUUUAAUUGAUUUUUUUCAUAUUAAAUUCAGAUAACAAUUUUCAGGACUUCAUAAUUAGUUCAAUUUUUGGAGUUUAAAUUUUGGUGAAACCAAUCAAGAGAAAAAGGAACUGUGAAGUUCUGAAACAUCUACGCACCCAAAAUAUUUCGCAGUUCUCAACAUUUCGGGCAAAUGACGAAGUCUUUGAAGUAAUCUGCUGCCCUGGCAAUGAAAUUGCAAAAUAUCGUGAGUUUUUUUGAAAGAUUUUUGAAUGAUCAAUUAAUUUUCCAACUUUUCAGAUUUGAAUAAUUCAUAUAAAGUGUCAAACACUUCUGUAUUUGUUAUAAACUGUCAAAACUUCUGA